CUCCCAUUGAAAAAGCAAGCAUUCGACUCCUGUGUAACCCCGACCGUACUCUAUGAAGCGGAAGCAUGGUCCUCAAGGAAAUCGGAUAUUAGAAGUUUGUGCGUAGCUCAAAGAAAGAUGGAAAGGAGGAUGCUCGGAUUACGUAUGCUGGACCGAUGGAGCUGUGAAAGGAUCAGAGCACUCACGAAAGUCAGAGACUGGAUAAACGAGGCUUCAAGGAAAAAACUCAUAUGGGCUAGAAAGAUACGUGAAAUGGACGAAAACGUAUGGGCUCGCGUGAUCACGACUUGGAUUCCAUAUGACUACGUGGACCGAAGAAGGAGAGGACACCCUUGUAUUCGAUGGCGCGAUGAAUUGUCGAAGAAGAUCGGGAAAACGUGGUGGAGUAUGACGAAGGAACAGUUCAAUGAGGCCAUGAUACGGCAUUCGAAUAUGAAUUGA